AGUUCCUCGAAUGGUAAGCAGGCGUUGACCAGAACAGAUUGGAUCACAUCGCCACCACCACCACCACCUGAUGAUUCCACGAAAGAUAAACACAUCCCAUCCGAUCAGAUAGCUUAUCAUCCUCCAUACUUUUUAGUUGAUUGAUGCGGAGAUAGGUAGGCGGCCGUUGACUUUGCCUGGCGCGCGCGCGGCGGGCCUCGGCUCAGCUCACCUCCCUCGCCGUCGCCGGAGCCCGGACGAGGACGGACGCCGGGGCCUGGGGGCGGGGGCAUGUGAAAUGGCGGCGCUGGAGAUCGCCUUCGCCGCCAUCAGCGUCGCGGUCAUCGUCGCCAUUGCCUACUUCCUCCACACGUGCUCGCGGGAGGCCACGCCCGUGCCGAUGCCGCCGCCCCCCGGCGCGGAGGAGGCCGCCGCCGCAGCCGGCGACGUCGAGAUGCAGGCCGGGAUGGACGAGGCCGCGAUCAGCGCGCUGCCCAAGGUGGUGGUGCGCGGCGGGGCCGGGGAGGCGUCGUCGUCCUCGUCGUCCACGAGCUGCGCGGUGUGCCUGGGGGAGUACGACCGGGGAGACGUGCUGCGGGUGCUGCCGGACUGCGCGCACUCGUUCCACCGGCCGUGCGUCGACCAGUGGCUGCGCCUCCGCCCCAGCUGCCCCGUCUGCCGCACGCCGCCGGCAGCCCCCUCGCCCAGCCAAACGUGAUUUUUUUUUCUUCUUUUGUUCCGAAACUCUCGAGAUGUAAAGCAAAGUG